AUAUGCAAUACGACCCGGCUGGAGGGAUAUCCGACUACCUUACCUUUCCUCAAGCAUUCCCACCAAUUAUCAGCCUUCGGAAAAGUGAACACCGACAGGCCGAAAACCCAUCUUCUUAUAUGCUACCUACCUCCCCAAUUAAUUAUCGCGAUUAAAAGAAAUGGCCAGCGAGCCUUUCGAUUGGAAGUGGUUUUACAACCCUGAUCCGGACGAGUGGAUGAAGAAACGGUUCCGGGCCAUGCUAAAUUUAGAGCAAGUGCAAACAUAUCUAAGGUCAAAGUCGUUGCUCAUAGGGCCCGAUAGAGACGCACCUCAAAAGAAUGGGGAAACACAAUGCCUUGUUUGUGACAAGCUCCUGUGCGUGUUAACAAGUGCGUCGCCGUUCUGGUUUGAGCUCGGUUCCCCGUCUAAUCUACUUCGGUCGUCGUGCCGAUUCCACACACCAAUCAUCCUACACUCCAUCGCCGCAGGUGUGAACCGAACGCACGUUGAAUCCUUGAAACCGCCCAACCCGUGUGUGGAUUCUCCUGUGCAUGCCUCGAGGCACCACUCGCCCGGGUCUCUUUUGGUGUUCCAGGACGGCCUCGUUCACACAUCCUAUCACUCGGUCCGAAAAGAUGUGCAACUCCAAGGCCACGGGAAGCUUAUUAAUCGUGAAUGGAUUGAUACGGGGCUUCUCCGCUCCUGGAAGCGGUCUUGUCUCGAGGACCACGGCGACCGCUGCGAUUUCGCCCUGCCAAAGGCAGCGUCAGAACUCCUCACCCAGCGACCCCAGCUUCUCAUCGACACGUGGCGAAUGUGCCUCACGGACGCGUCUGGAGACCAAUCCUACAUCGCCCUCAGCUACGUCUGGGGAAACUGCAACACUUUCAGAACCUCGACUAAGAAUCUCACCGAGUUGAAAAGGGACCAUGCGCUCUCGCAUGCCAUUCGAGAUUCUUCGAUUCCAAACACCAUUGUGCACGCCAUGCAUUUUGUCGGUAUCCUGGAGGAGCGCUACCUAUGGGUUGACGCCCUCUGUAUCGUCCAAGACGACGACGCAUCAAAACACCAGCAAUUGCGCAGCAUGGCAUCUAUCUAUGCGAACUCGGUCCUGACCAUCAUCGCUGCCGAAGGCCAUGAUGCGAACCACGGCAUAUGCGGACUGCGGAAUGUGUCCGAGCCCAGGAACUGCCAACAACACGUCUUCCAACUUCCCGGGGAUACUGACAUAAUACACGUCCCGUGGCCCGAGAUGUACGACAAGACUUGGUUCAGCCGGGGCUGGACCUUUCAAGAGUGGCUCUUCUCCUCGCGGCGACUGAUGUUUGGCGACGCGAGAGUCCGAUGGCAGUGUCCCUGCAGUAACUGGCAGGAAGAUGUCGACCACCUUUCCGGUCUCGACGUGGCCCCUUUUCCAAUCGGCCCCGACGACGAUCGCGUUCUGACCAGAGCCCUCUCGAGCACAUGGCCAAACAUUGAAACGUAUGCAAGCAUUGUGCAAUAUUACAACACGCGCAAGUUCUCGCUAGAGGAAGAUGUUCUGCCCGCCUUCUCCGGAAUCACGUCGCUACUGGUAUCCACAUUCGACGGAGGCUUCCUCUACGGCCUGCCGGAAAUGUUCUUCGACGAUGCCUUGCUCUGGUUGCCCUUUCCCCGUGUCACAAGACGCAUUGCAACAGACACCAGUGCUCCGUUCUUACGAGGCUCCCUCCUCCCAAGCUGGUCCUGGAUGGGCUGGUGUGGCGAGAUCGACGGCUUGAGCUGGUUGGGCGGUCAGAGCAAUAUAGUAAUGUCCCAAGAGGGGGGCGUGCGGAUACUGGAGUCGGUGGAGUGGUCGACGGGCUUCCCGUCGGCAUCUGCCCAACAGAGAAGAAGAAUUGUCCCGUCGGGACGCAAGUACUCGGAGAUAUCUGACAACGAUCCCGUCCCGCCCGGAUGGACUCGCCAUCAACAAGAAGAUGGGUCUACUGUCUACACGCAUCCGAAAAACCCAAAUGCCCUCUACAGCUAUCCAAUCCCCAUGUCAAGCACGCUGAACGAACUCCCCGGCUCGCAGCCGACGCACCCACAGACCCCGCUCUUGUUCUUCACCACAACAAGAGCCUGGCUGCACGGAAUACGUUACAAGGGGAACCAUCGUCCAGGCGUCACCCUGAGAUGCGAAGACGGGUCGUGGGCCGGAUUCCUGAACCUGCACAACUACCAGACGGCCCGGAAGUUCCCAGUCACAGGCCGUGGGGAAAUGGUUGAGCUACUCGCCAUAUCCACGGGAGCCGUAACACACGACGGCUACGCCCCCCAGCUCGACGAGAUGAAGAUGGCAGAACGGCCUCGGGACGGGGGUGAGUACCGUUUCGUCAAUGUUCUCUUCGUUACCUGGGACGAUGGCGUCGCGUACCGGCAAGGACUUGGGCGUGUGCUGGCCUCCGUCUGGGAGUCGGCAGAGCGUGAGUCGGUUGAUGUCACUCUCGGGUGACCGACGCACAGCUAUCUGUCCAUCUGAAUAAUUACAGCGAAGUGCGGUGGCAUAAUCAUCACAUCCAGAACAGAUUGCAGGCCGUGGGAUCGACCAUCCCGAAAGAGCUGCGGCCCAUGGGAGCACCCCGCCGUAUCCGUAAAGUGGACAGCCGAGAUCUACCUAUUUCGAAUCCUCCGGGGUUAACAGAUCGGCCCACAUCGGAUUUCGACGGGCAAGCCCGGAUAUACUAGGCUCGGGCAUAAUAAGCCUGCGCCGCAAGCCAAUAGCAGCGCUGCAAUCCUUGCCUCUGGUGAGCAGUACAACGGC